AUGGCUUCUUCCGUAAUUAAAUGUAAUAACUGCAACAUAGUGAUCUGUGAAGUGCUGGCAUUUAUCCAAAACAAAGUGGAUAUUAUGAACGAAGAGUGUUUAGUACGAAUUUGCAAAGAAUCAUUCUCCGAAACGGAUAUUGAGAAUGCAAAGCGCCUACUAUUUGAAUCCGUGCAAACGUCGGCACCGAUGAUUCGAAGAAGGCGGGACGGUAAGUCGAAAAGAGACUUAUUCGACGUGAUAGCCUUGUUCAAAGAGACUGAUCCUGAACUAGUCCCUAUCUUUUGUGCUCGUGAUCUUCAAAAAUUACCCCCCAUAAAUUUUGAUCACAUCGAUGCCACAAGACUACUAAAAGACAUAUUGAUACUACAACGAGGACUCAGAGAAGUGCAAGAAACUUAUGUCACAUCUACACAGUUAAGUGAAUUGAGACAGGAGCUAAAAGACAUUAAAGAUAGCGCACCUAGCAAGACGAGCUUUCAUAAUUACGAUUUAAACAUAAAUCGUAAACGCGGUGGAGUUGUAAACGACAGUUUUUGUCUCGAUAGCGGUCCUAUGGGUCUUACCCACAUAGUCGAAAAAUCAUCGAAACCUAUUGCGGAGCAACGGCCAAGUAUCCAUCUAUCUCCCUCCCCCGAGCGCUGUACGGCAGACAGGGUCUCGCUCACACCUGCGGUACCCGUCACAGCUGGGCGUGAAUCAUCGGCGCCCGAGUCUCCGUGCGAACAACAACAGUGUGUGGCCACGAAAACCGUCGAUUGCAAUGUUUUGUUUGCGGACGUUAUUAAGAGUGGAGAUGAGUUCAAAAUAGAAAAACCGUCAGAAAAAUGGACACUAAAUCAGAAGAAAAGGCAUAGAAAUCGUCUAUUGGGUACACAAGGAAAGGCAAUAAUGGAACCUAAUAGUAAAUUUAAAGCUGCUGAAACAAAAAUCCCGCUAUUUAUUAACCGUGUUCACCAUGAUACGUCUGAAAAAGAUAUCAUAGACUACAUUAUGGACAAAACACGAGUCGCAGUGACGCUUAAAAAGAUUGAGAUGAAGUACAAGAGGGGAUAUAACUCAUAUAAAAUAUUUAUUCCAGAAACGAAAUUAUCACUGUUUUUGAAAGAUGACUUGUGGCCGGAAGGGAUAUCAUUUCGCCGUUUUGUGUAUUUCAAGGAUUAUGGACAAAACAAGGUGAAAGAUAGUAAUGACAUGAACAGAAAAAACAUAAAUUGA